AUGUUCAAAAGAGCUAGGAUACUUGCCAGGGCUGGUGAAAGCCGUGAAACCGUACAUGAAGCGGCCCACAAAAAGGCAGGGGAAGAACUGCGCCAGUACCUUCUCGAAAAGUUUUGCAUUGAGGGGAUGACCGGGUGUGAAGUUGCAACGCUCUCCCACUUCAUAACCAGAGCCGGCGGAGUCGGCCUGGAAGAUCUUGCGCUUCCACCGUCAACGGCCUCCAAGAAUGGACACGCGCACGUUCGCAGCAAGGCUGGCAAAAUAUACCCAGAGGUGGAUCUGGACUAUGUGACAUGCCCAAUGUUCGUGAAACGGGAUGCUUGCAGGUCUUCAGAGUCUAUCCCAAUUUUUUUGCCGUCCAAAGCCUUCCAAACCUUUCUCACCACUGAGAUGCUUGAGAACCACCCCAAGAAAGAUGUGGCUAGAGUGCUUGGUGGAUUAGACAGCUAUGAUGCCCAUCCCGUGGUGGAAGCUGCGAAGCAUGAAGGCUUCAAAAACCUUGUUCGCCCUGUUGCACUCUAUUGGGAUGGUGUGGCCUACACCAAAAAUGAUUCCUUCUUUGCCUUCUAUGUCACUGACAUUUUGAGUACCCAGAAGUUCCUCUCAUUCCUCUUACGUAGUGAAGAGAUGUGCCAAUGUGGCUGCAGGGGGUGGUGCACGCUCUUCCCCCUUCUGCACAAGUGGACCUGUGACUUGAAGUCGCUCCAAACUGGCGACACCCGGUUUGCAGUCCUGGACAUCCAGGGCGAUUGGCCUGCCUUUUUGCAAGUGUUUGGAUUGCGGUAUUGGAGUCAUAAGACUCAUCCCUGCCCGUUGCGCACCAUCAACCAAGAAGAACUGGGCAGAUUGCGACUAGGGGAAAUGACCGUGGAUUCCAUGCCCUAUCCAUUUUACACAACCAAUGAUGUGAGAGCGGAUUUGGCAAACGCCACGCGGGUUUUGGAGGUGACCUCCACUCAAAUGAGAUCGAAAAUCCUCCAGAGCCUAGCCUACAAAAAAAAAUGGCGUGGUCGAGCACUGAUAUCUGCACUCCCGCAGUAUGGCCUUGGAAAGGGCAGCCGGCUGAUGCCAACGCCAAGCAUGCCUGAUGUGGCCAAGUUUGAAUUCAUGGAGGUCCCCUUCACAGUUUGGUGGUGGGUGGGCCCGGAAGACUUCCGUUUGGUUCAUGAUUGCCCGUUGGUGGAAUUGGACGGGGUUGGCUUGGAGAGUUUUUCUUUGGACAUCAUGCACUCCUGGCACUUGGGGCCACUGCAGCUCUUGGUGAGCUUGGUCCUGAACUUUUGCUUGGAUUGCGGGUUGUGGUCACCGUCAGCUAGAGGGUUGGAUGCAGCGGACCGCCGCAGAAUCAGCCUUCAGGCGAUCAAGGCUGAACUCUAUCUGUGGUAUCGCGAUAAAAGAAAAGAUCCAGAUUGGGUGGGCAGAAGCUCCGAAGUGUGGAAUUUGACCCUUACCAUGCUGGGUUCCUCCGACAGCCCCCAUUUGCACGCCAAAGCUGCUGAAUCGCACGGCUUGGCUCUCUGGAUCCAAGACCUGCUCACUGGUCAUUUGCAAGACUUUGAGAGUUUGCCAAAGGAAUCAUUUAGAAAGGCAAAGUUUCUUUUGGAGGCCUCAAAGGCUGCCAACAAAUUAGAUAGCCUUUUUGCCACUGAGAACCGAAAGCUUUGCCGCGAACAGGUGCAAGAAGCACUAGCAUCAUAUCUUCGGUUUUUGGCCUUUUACAGCAAAGCUGAAGGGCCCAUCACCCCAAAAUGCCAUUUUAUGAUACACCUCAUCCAAAGAAGCCUGUUCAAAGGCAACCCCAAAAAAUACUCCACGUAUCGUGACGAAUCUUUCAAUGGGCAAAUCGCUAAGGUUGCCCGGUCUUGCCAUCGAAAAACUUGGCAAAAUGUGGUGCACUGGAAAUGCCAGUGCCUACACAAGAAAAACCAACAACGGGUGCUCGAAUCGAAGCUCUUCAAAAACGGUCGCAGCGGUCUUUGUGGGUCUGUCCUUGUGAACCCUUAA